GCAGCGUUUGGUUAGGAAGACUCAAACUGGGAGGUGUGUACGUUGUUAUGUAAGGAAGGAAGAAGCAGAGCGAAGCGGUGACAGACAGAAGAAAAUGGGAAGCAGAGGUCCACCUCAAUCCCAUCCAAAUUCCGCUGCCAUUUCCAAGGGUUACAACUUCGCUUCCACUUGGGAACAGAAUGCUCCUCUGACAGAGCAGCAACAAUUCGCGAUUGUAUCGCUUUCUCACGCCGUUUCUGAGCGACCGUUGCCUCUCAAGUUGGCUCAAGAGAAUGCGUCGGUACAAGACAAUGCCUUGUCUGUUAAAACGAAGGAUAGUUCCGUUGAUGACUCUGGUACUAUUGAGACUGUUAUGGUCAAUACCAAUCAGUUCUACAAAUGGUUUACGGAUCUUGAAUCUGCCAUGAAAUCAGAGACAGAAGAGAAGUAUCAACAUUACGUGAACACUCUAACAGAUCGCAUACAGACAUGUGAUGAAAUUCUCCAACAGGUUGAUGACACCCUAGACUUGUUCAACGAGCUACAGUUGCAGCAUCAAGCAGUAGCUACAAAGACUAAAACACUUCAUGAUGCAUGUGACAGGCUGCUACAAGAGAAACAAAGACUAAUUGAUUUUGCUGAAGCACUUCGUAGUAAACUCAAUUACUUUGAUGAACUGGAGAAUGUUGCUACCAAUUUUUAUUCUCCAAACAUGAACGUUGGAAAUGAAAACUUUCUUCCACUUCUCAAACGACUUGAUGAAUGCAUCUCGUAUGUUGAAAACAAUCCACAGUAUGCAGAAUCUAGUGUUUACUUGCUUAAAUUUCGGCAACUCCAGUCUCGAGCGUUGGGCAUGAUGCGUUCUCAUGUACUUGCUGUUCUUAAAGGUGCCUCUUCUCAGGUCCAGGAAGCAAUCCGUGGAAGUGGGGGUGGCAAAGCAUCUAUCUCUGAGGGAGUAGAGGCAUCCGUGAUAUAUGUUCGGUUCAAGGCAGCAGCAAGUGAGCUUAAGCCACUACUUGAAGAGAUUGAAAGCAGGUCUUCAAGGAGAGAAUAUGGUCAGAUUCUGGCAGAAUGCCACAGACUAUACUGUGAGCAACGCCUCUCUUUGAUAAGAGCUAUAGUUCAGCGGCGAAUAUCUGAGUUUGCCAAGAAAGAGUCUUUGCCAUCGUUGACUAGAUCAGGAUGUGCAUAUCUCAUACAGGUCUGUCAACUUGAACAUCAACUUUUUGAUCAUUUUUUCCCAGCUUCUUCAAAGGAUAUUUCUAGUUUAGCUCCAUUAAUGGAUCCUCUGUCAACAUAUCUGUAUGAUACACUGCGUCCCAAACUUGUUCAUGAAACAAAUAUUGAUUUUCUUUGUGAGCUUGUUGAUAUACUUAAAAUGGAAGUCCUGGGGGAACAGCAUAGUAGGAGGAGUGAAUCACUAGCUGGUCUUCGUCCUACAUUUGAGAGAAUUUUAGCAGAUGUUCAUGAGCGGUUGACAUUUCGUGCUCGGACUCAUAUACGGGAUGAGAUAGCGAAUUACAUGCCUACUAAUGAAGACUUGGACUACCCUGAAAAGCUGAAGAGAUCUGCUGAAAGUACUUCUGAGAUCAAUCCUACUGAUGACAACCCAGAUAUAUUUAAAACAUGGUAUCCACCCCUGGAGAAAACUCUAUCAUGUCUUUCAAAGUUGUAUCGUUGUUUAGAGUCUGCAGUUUUCACGGGUUUAGCACAGGAAGCAGUGGAAGUUUGCUCAACAUCUAUUCAGAAAGCAAGCAAAUUAAUUGCAAAGAGAUCAUCACAAAUGGACGGACAGCUCUUCCUUAUAAAGCAUCUUUUAAUUUUAAGGGAGCAGAUUGCUCCUUUCAAUAUUGAAUUUUCAGUCACACAAAAGGAGCUUGAUUUCUCUCAUUUGCUGGAGCAUCUACGAAGACUUCUAAGAGGUCAAGCCUCUCUAUUUGAAUGGUCAAGAUCAACUUCAUUGGCGAGGACACUGUCUCCAAGAGUUUUAGAAAAUCAAAUUGACACAAAGAAGGAGCUGGAAAAGAGCCUUAAAGCCACUUGUGAGGAGUUCAUCAUGUCAGUUACUAAGCUUGUUGUGGAUCCUUUGCUUUCAUUCGUUACAAAGGUUACAGCAGUUAAAGUUGCAUUAUCAUCAGGUGGUCAGAAUCAAAAGCUAGAGUCAGUUAUGGCCAAACCUCUGAAGGAUCAGGCUUUUGCUACUCCAGAUAAGGUGGCUGAACUUGUUCAAAAGGUCAGGAAUGCUAUUCAGGAGCAACUGCCGGGGGUGAUUGAUAGGAUGAAGCUUUAUUUACAGAAUUCAUCAACAAGAACAAUACUUUUCAAGCCAAUAAAGACAAAUAUUAUUGAAGCCCAUACCCAAGUUCAAUCCCUACUACAAUCAGAAUACACGAGUGAAGAGAUCCAGAUCAUUAAUCUGAAAUCCAUACAGGAUCUGCAAAAUGAGCUUGAUAAUUUUCUCUAGUUUGUAUGUAAAGGCCACUGGAUAAUUUCCUGUCCAUUUUUUCCCAGCUGGAGAAUCUUGAACAAGACUUGAUUACAUGCAUUCUAGAUAAUUUUGAAGAAUUAUUAGCAAGAGAUAGCAGAGUUGUGGUUUUGUUGAGGACGAUCUAUAUACCCUUUUCUUUUCUAACAGUGGUGGAUAUUUUUGUUGUACUUUUUUUCAUUAGUCCCAACAAACCCUAUAUUUGCCCAGCCUUCCGCAGGUAUUUUUUUUUUUUGCAGUUCCCUGUAUCUGUUUGCUGUGGCUGACGUACAGAUGAUUACUUAACUUUUGCUCUUUCAUGCAAUGACUGAUAAAAAAAAAAAAAGCUAUUUCACACA